CCCGAGUAUUUUUGAGUGAUGGCUGUUAUAGCCACUGCUCGCGGCUUCGCGCCAAAUACAAAUCAUGGCAUUUCAUUUCUUGCGUUGAACUGUGGCUGGAAAAUUAACUAAAUAUGUCGAACGUGUGGUUAUGUAGUAUUUGUUUUGUUUUCUCAGCACUGACGCUGAAGGCCUUGUUAAGGCAUAUUACUUUGCAACAUGCAUCCCAUCCAAAUUUUAAGAUUAAAUGUGGAAUCAAUGGAUGCCCAGAGCAGUAUAAUAAAAUGAAUUCUUUCCGAAGACACAUUCAUCGGAAACACGAGGAGGAAAUGUCUGCUGCGGAGACAUCCAAUUUGCUGCCAAACGACAGUCAGGGAGACAACCAUACACCUGAAAUGAGUAGCAACAACUCUUCGGAAACGUCGACUGAUACUGAUAGCGAGGAUGACAACCCAACUGUUGAGGUUGAUGUCAAUCAAACUGAUAAAGCUGUAGACCUCAAGCAAUGUUCUGCUCAGUUCUUGCUUAAACUUCAAGCACGGUCUAAGAUACCAAAGCUUGAGUAUGCCUUAAAAAAGAUAGACACAGGAAGAAAGAAAUAAUAUUGGAAUAGGCAAUACAGAAAUACAGAAAAAAAUAGGAUAAACAAUUGUUGCACCUUACAGUUUUACAGCAGCACUAUAAUUACAGCAAGCUACAGUGUAAUGUUGAAUGGGAUUGUGGAAAGUACUAGCAACUUAAUUGAGCAAGUAAAAGAACACCUAAAACAAAAGGUAUUGAAUUGUGUAGAAAACGGUGCUGACAAAUUGACUGAGGAAUCCGUUGAAGAAAUUUUCAAUUCUUUCGAGGACCCAUUUAGCAAACUUAAAACAACUUACUUGCAGUCUUCAUUUUUGGAAAGCAGCGUCAACUUUAUCAAACCAAUCCAAUAUGUCCUGUCCACUAGAAUCACAUAUAAAAACAAGGGCUCAAAGCGUCUUAUUUGUGAACAAGAUGACACAAUGGUGUAUAUUCCCAUUCUUGAUAGUCUACAGCAACUCUUGUCAAAUUCAAAGAUAGCAGAUGUUAUAACCGCACCACGCCAAGUAUGCAAAGAAGGUUUUUUAUUUGACAUUUGUGACGGUGAAUGUAUAAAGCACAAUAGAAUCUUCAUAGAGCACCCAAAUGGAUUAAUAAUUAUUCUUUACCAUGAUGAGAUUGAAGUCUGCAAUCCGUUGGGCACACAUGUAGGCAAGCACAAAAUCGAUCUUUAUUAUUAUACACUUGGAAACAUUGGCCCCAAAUAUAGGUCAAAGCUUUGUGCCAUUCGGCUACUGGCUAUUGUGAAGGCUAAAGAUGUUUCAAUGUACGGUCAGAAUAAGAUUUUAACCCCAAUAAUUAAUGACCUACAUACACUGGCAAAUGGCUAUACAUUUGUGGUAGGUGGAAAUUUUAUGGAGUUGUUUGGUGGCGUAGUCAGUUGCCUUGGUGACACCGAAGGGCAGCACCAGUGGGGAGGAUUCAAAGUAAAGGUUGGUUUUUCUCACCAGAAAUGUCGAAAUUGUUUAUGUACAUUUCUAAGCAUGCAAGAGAAUUUCAGGGCUAGCUGUUUUACUGAAAGAAACUUAGUCCAGUAUCGUCAACACUGCGAAGAUAUUGAAACAGCUCCAACAGAAGAAAGCAGGAAAAAUCUGGUGACCACAUAUGGAAUUAACGAAAGAAGUGUAUUGAGCCGCUUACCUCAAUUUGACAUAACGAAACAGCUUCCCCAAGACAUAAUGCAUGUCCUUUUGGAAGGGUCUGUUCAAUACGAAGUCCGCUAUGCAUUGCAAUAUUUUAUUGAUAAUGGAUCUAUAACAUUGCAACAAUUGAACAGUACGUUUUGCCAACUUAAGCUUGGGUACCAAGAUGAAGCUAACCGUCCUCCGCCUUUAAGAGAAACAGUGUUUAAUGGCCAAGAGAAAUAUAAACUGAAACAAACGGCUGAACAUGCUAGAAUCUUCUUGAAGUAUUUGCCCAUUUGUUUGAAGAACUUCGUUGCUAAUGACUGUCCGCAAUACCAGCUUAUAUUGCAGAUUUCAUUGAUUGUUCAGAUCUGCUUUUCACCAGUCAUCAGUGUUGAAACUAUUAAAGAAUUGGAAACUUUAAUCGAAGCAAACCUCAUCCUCUUUAAGGAAGUGUUCCCAGGUGUGAAUAUUACCCCCAAAAUGCAUUAUAUGCUCCACAUACCGCAGCAAAUUGUGUAUCUUGGUCCACUUGUAAGGCACUGUUGUUUACGUUUUGAAGCCAGGCACCGUUAUUUCAAAGACCUGGCUCCACUACAGAACUUCAAGAACAUUUGCCUCUCUUUGGCAGAGCGAUGCCAGGUUGAUGAAUGUGCAGACUUUGAAACCCAAACACCCUGCCAACACCCGUUAUUUAAGUCCGAAAAGGUUAUUGGUCCAUCCAGUAUGGUGACAGAUAUGUUGAAAGCCCACUUUUUUCAACGAAUUACUGACUGCUUGCUUUACGCCAAUCCUGAAAGUUUGACCAACGUUUUUACAUGUAAGUGGAUUCAAUUGCACGGAACAAAAUAUGUUCCCAAUAAGGGCUGUAUCAUUGCAGUUGAUGCUACUUUUACAAGCAUGUUGCCCGAAUUUGGAAGAAUUCAGAGAAUUUGGCUUGCAGAUGAAGAUACUAUAUUUGAAUACACACCUUUGAAAACAGUUGAAUUUAACGAUGGCCUUCUGUCUUAUGAGGUUGAAGAUCCUGGAGAUGGUGUUCCAACAAAGUUCUGCUUAUACGCAAGUAUGUUGGAUUUUAACGUAUAUUCUACACUGAAACAGUUUGAUUCCACUUUCAUUCCUACUAAGUAUGACCUGAGGGAUCUAAUAAGACUUCAUGUUGUUGGGGAGAACCCCCUGCAUCGCUAAAUGCAAUUAUAUACUUUAACUUUGAACUGAUACAGAACUAUACUGUAGUUAAAUCGUUUAUUAUAUACAGCUAGUAUAGGUCGCAUAAAAUUGAUCAUUCGAUCACAAAGCGUAAUCUAAGAUUAGUUGGGUUUGUACAAUAGAAUUAUAGUAUCAGUUUCAUGUUGGAUUCUAUACACUUCACCUUUAAC